AUGGUGAAGCCAUGGAUGAAAUCGAUGAGUAAGGUCAAGAGAGACACUUUUUACUCAGAAUCGACUCGAUUUCGUACUCAAACAUCAAAGACGUUAAACAAUGAAACAAGUUUAUUGAAAUCACUACAAAAGUGGAUUGUACAGCGUAUUCAAAAUCGCUCAAACACUGCAAUAAAACACAUCUUGACAACAUCAAAUGCGAUAUCUUCACACAUAACUUCAUUCAUUGAAAGUGAUCAUAUCAUUACUCAUCACGUUUCACCUAAUGCUAAGCAUCAAGAACUUCGUGACAGCGAAAAUGAAAGUGUGAAAAGUGAGGUUGAAAUUGGUGACAAGAUUGGGAAAGUCAAGAAGAAGAAAUUGAAAAAGGGGGAGCGAUUAACCGUUGAGUUUGACCAAAGUAUGGUGGAGGUAGUGGACCAUGGAGUGAAGCAUCGCAUCGAUUACAUAAGACCUAAGGAUAAAAAGAAUGUUCAAUCAGAUCACGACCGUCCUCCAAUUUUAUUUUCUGACUCAAGUAUGCCAUUCGUGUUGUUGUUAGCUCGUGUUUUUAAAUAUUUGGAUACUUUUGAACCAGCUCGAGUUGUUUCGUAUAUUAACAAGGCAUCUCGAGCUAGUGUUCAAGUUUAUUACGAUCUGUGCUGUCCCCGUUCUCGACAAGGAAGAUACCUCGUCUAUCGCGUUUUACAAAAUCGUGAGAGCUCGUUUUCAAAAAAAAUGAUGGAAUUUCUAUCACUUGCUGAUCGAGUGCGAGUUAGUUCAACUUGCAUCGCAUUCUACGAUGCAUCAAACGCUCUACCUCUUGAGUUUAAUAAUGCGCAGUUGGUACAAAGAUUUCUCGCGUCUUUUAAUUCUCAAACUAAUCGAAUUUACUGGCGUUUUAACAACACACCAGCUUUGUCUUUCUACAAUGCAAAAGCUGAAGAUGUAGUGAAUGUUCUUCAAUUGCUGGAGUGUUCGGGAGAUGUCAAUUUAGAUCAUGUCACGGAAUGUUUUGCUGCCGUACAUUCAAUAUCACUAUGUAAAGUGAGUGGAUUGAGCCAUUCAAAUGGAAUGCACUUUGAACGAUUCAUGCAGACGCUGUUUACAGACCACGUGAGUGCUCGCUUGACCUCUUUAGAACUGACUGAUCUUGUUCUGGAAGAUCUGCAGUUCAAACAUCUCGCUGGACUGUGGCGAAACCCACGAUUCUCGAAUCUCGAGCGUUUGAGUUUGGCUAAAGUUACAUUUAGCAGUCGAUUUGUGACGGAAUGGACCUGGAGCUUUAAACAUGAAAUGUUUACAAAGCUCACAGAGAUAAAUCUUUCCAACACUGAAAUGACCAGUCAAGAUCUCCAGCGAGUUAUUUCGUGUCUAUCGAUGACACCUGCGCUUCAAAUUCUCAAUAUCUCAUACAACUUAUGCACGUUCGCUACGCUGCAGAAGCUACGUCACCAGAUCAAAACACAAGCACUUCAAAAUCUAAAAGAACUUCAUUGUGUAGCUAUUACAGACGAUGACAUGGCUAUUAAAGCAUUGCUCAAGACAUUUCAAAACAAAUCUUCAUUUUGUCCACAUCUUUCCGUUCUAGACGUGAGUGGCAAUCCAUUGAAUACAACCCAAGAAGCUAUUCAACAUCGAUAUGUUACCAUUCCAACUUUACAGUUGAUGGUAACGUAUCUUGAACUACGGACGCUUAAUAUCUCAAGUGCUGAUCUUAUACUUUCUUUUCAAAGAAUUAUGACUGCAUUAAUGCAAGGGCCAGUCUUAAAACUACAACAUUUGGAUAUUUCAAACAAUGGUAUAGAAUCGUCAAUUGAGACUUUGAGUCGGGCAAUACUUGCGGGAAAAUUGCUGCAUCUUCAUUCGCUGGCAGCUGCAGACAACGAGUUAAAAGCUUUAGAAUUUGAGGCACUGAGCUUUGCAUUAGCUUCGAAAUGUUGUCCACGAUUACAACAUCUUGAUCUUUCGGGAAAUUUUGCACGUGGAGAAGGCAUUGCACGUUUCUGUGUCUUCUUACGUUCACCAUCAGCUCAAACUCUUUGGUCACUCGAUCUUAGCAACAAUGAAAUUCCUCAUCGUGGAUUGCUUCGGAUCGCUGAGGAGCUAGCACAUGGACAUUGUAAACAGCUACAUGAACUCAAUUUAUCUCGCAAUCCGGAGUUCAAAGCAAUCAUUUCGUUUUUGGAUCUCAUUCGAAGCAAUACUUUACCUUCGUUAACCAGUUUACAAGUGGGUUAUGCCCAAAGUCGCUUAGACGGUUGGACGCUUGUCAAAAAUACCAGAAAGCAGUGCAGUGUUCAAGAGCUAAGAAAACUAAAGCAGUAUCGAUUCGAAAAAAGGUUAAGCAUCAUGGAGCUUGAAAAUGAUGCAAAGGCAGAACGAGCUCAAAUCCGAUGCUACCAACAAGUUCAACGACUUCGACAGGCUUAUAAUCACCGUGAAGACGAGGCUGAACGAGCCUUAACUCGUCACAAGCAAGUUCUUAAGCAAUCAAACAUCAAAAGCAACGACUAG